UGCCCUCUGCAUGUGUGGAGUUCACUUGCACGUCGUCUGGUAGGUUGCAACUUUCAGAAACGUUUGCAUUUUUGACGGCUGAUGCCAAGUGUUUGAUGCAUGUUUAGGGCUUGCAUUGGCCGCUUCCACUGUGCAGUGACACCGCUAACGUCGCCUGGAAUCUCCCGUCUGUCUGUAGUUGAUUCCAGCCGCCCGAUAUACCGCGGAGAAACAUGUCUGAGCCGCAAGGACUGACAGACAAAGAGGCUAGGAGCGCCUGUGGCGAGCCAGAUGCCUCUUGCAAGGACUUCAUCUUCCAGCAGACCAUGUUCAGGGUAAAGGAUCCAAAGAAGUCCCUGGAUUUUUAUACUAGGGUGCUAGGAAUGAGGUUGCUGAAGAAGUUGGAUUUCCCCAGCAUGAAGUUCUCCCUGUUCUUCAUGGGUUUUGAGAAGGCUGAGGAUAUCCCAUCGGACCCUGCUGAGUGCACAGGGUGGACUUUCUCAAGGAAGGCUACGUUGGAACUGACUCAUAACUGGGGAACUGAGAAUGAUCCUGAACAGAGCUACCACAAUGGAAACAAACCCCCUCAAGGAUUUGGUCACAUUGGACUGGCAGUCCCUGAUGUGUACAAAGCCUGCGAAAGGUUCAAGGAGCUGGGAGUGCCUUUUGUAAAGGAGCCUGAUGCUGGUAAGAUGAAAGGACUGGCCUUCAUUCAAGACCCUGACGGCUACUGGAUCGAGAUCCUCAGCCCAAAGCCUAUGGUGACUAUCGCUGCCACUGACUGGAGCUAAUCUAAUGUAAUCUGAGUUAAUCCAAGAUCAAAUCUGAACCAAUCACAUAGCUUGAAAGCGGAUCAUGAUGACCUAGUCGAUGCAAGACAUGACGAUUAAUGUCUGAUACAGGAUCACCUGUCCAGCCAAUCUUCGUCAAUCAUGAUGAUAGCACCAAUCAAGGAGCUUCUGCACCGUUUUCAAACUGUAAAUGUGAUAUUACUAGUGCCAAAGUUGCGAGGGUAUGACUGAACUUAUAUUUCUCCCAACUCUUAGGUUGCCAUUGGUCAGUAGCAUGCUGCUUCCUGCAUGUUCAUGGACAUUGAAGUGUGGAAGUGCAUCAAGAGGUUGUGUCGAAAACUUCGAAAGCUCAUGCUUUUCACUGUAUCCCAAGUUGUGAUGUGAAAAAUUACUGUAGUCUCUAAAAAUGUUGUCUGAUAACCUCUAAGAUAGUCUAGUAAAUAAACAUUUCACUUAUAGUAAAUAAACAUUUCACUUAGUGUAAACAAAACACUGAUAGCUCUGGUCACUGAGUGAAGUACGUGUACCUACAAUGUACAUGUACAUGUAAGAGUAGCAGGAUUUUAGUAGCAUGAGGUACGGGUAUUUUCAGUAAGAGUAUGAUAUAUUUAUGGCAGAUGGGUAUUUGCUAACAUCAUAUUAUUUUGUUGUUACCCAGUGUGGUCUUUACAUAAUGCUCACUGAAAACUGUCCAUAGAUGAGAGGACUGUUUAUAACAAGAAUUAGACUUUUAAAAUGAUCUGAUGAUAGCCUGCAUUGACAGCUUUCUUGAGCAGUUAUCUUACUAGUACUCCUGAUACCAAAAUCUAUCCCAAAAUUAAAGUUUUGUUGCAAAGCACCUUGUGUGUCAAUGUUCUAGUGUUGACAUUUGUCAGAGAUCAUAAUUAUAAAAUGAGUUGCCUGAAUGCCAGACUGUUCCCAGAGCCAGUCCCCAGUUAGACCCUAACUAAGGGGGUCUGUAGAAAAAUUUCCUUGAGGAUAUGAUGGCCCUAG